AGCUGUAUCAUUAUAUCCGUAACUCGGGAUCUUCCAAGUGAACGACCCCACAACCACCCAGCGACUUAUAACUGCCGAAUAUGUUCCAUGGCAGAAACAUCCAACGUUCAUGCGGGGCCGCGGCUGUGGACCUCGACCGGGUUGAGCAUAGGGUACCUGAGGUAACCCUAUCACAUAAGUCUUAACUGUUUGGAUUGUCACUUCGCAUGACGGAUAAUCACAAAGUGCCUCUACUGUCCACCUUAGCAUAGGUAGUUUCUAGACUUAUACGAGAGCUUAAUGUACGCGAAUGGAGGGACAUUGACCCGCCACUGUAUCCGCAAAGGACGGACUCCUCCACCCUCCUCCCCGACUUUAACCGUUUCAAGUAUUCUAUGUUAUUAGGUAUAUAAUAUUCACCUAGCCAUCAUGGCUGUUUGGAGAUGUCCUCCCGCUGUUUUCACCUAUACCCUUCAUCCGAGAUCGAACUUUAACUCCGAGAGCAUCUCCGCAAGAUAACAAAACCCAAAACUAGACAGAAGAGAUAAGACUACAAUUGUUCAACAUGGCUGCCCCGAGAAAGAUACAGCUCGUGCGAAUAGCACAUGUGUACUACAAGUAUACAGACAUGGACAAGGCUAUUCAAUUUCUAAAAGACUUUGGCUUCACUGAGGAGAAGAGGGUAUCGGAUGACAAGAUCUACUGGAGAGGUUAUGGAACAGAACCAUGGGUGUUAUGUGCUGUCAAAGCCGAUAAGGCCGAAUUCGGCGGCGCAGGUUUCGUCGUCGAAUCGGAGGAGGACUUACAGAUCGCAUCUGAGACACUACCGAAAGCUACCAAGAUAUACGAUUUAACGGAUGCACCCGGAGGGGGUAAGGGCGUCACUUUCUACGAUCCGGUCGACGGGUUUCCGUUCCAUCUCGUAUACGGUCAGACGCCCGCUCAGAUGCUGGAGAUCCCUCUACCCCACGAGCCCGUCAACUACCCUAACGAGAAGAACAGACCUGCAGGCAGGUUCCAGCGAUUCGAGAAACGACCGGCUCCAGUACAUAAGCUAGGCCACUUCGGCGUGAGAACAACGAACUUCGCGAAGGCGUAUAAGUUCUACUGCGACCACUUCAACUUCCUAGCUAGUGAUCUCAUCCACGAUGCCGAGAAGAUCGACCGGACGGUGUUCUACCGGUUGGACAGAGGAGAUGAGCCGGUAGACCACCAUUCGUUCUUCUUCGCCGAAGGCCAACCGUACAGAGUGCACCAUUCGUCCUUCGAGACGCACGACUUUGACACCCAAGUCCUAGGCCACGACUGGCUGAGGGAGAGGGGCUACAAGAACUGCUGGGGCGUAGGGAGACACGUCCUCGGCAGCCAGAUCUUCGAUUAUUGGUACGACCCGCACGGCUUCAUCAUGGAGCACUACGUUGAUGGAGACUUGGUGACCGCCUCCGAGCCCACACACCGCUCACAGGCCGGCCCUGGGAGUUUGCACGUCUGGGGCCCCGAUGUCCCUGGCGAUUUCUUGGACUAGUUUCAAUACGUGUCAAGAGUUUCAGGUUUCAGUCCCGAAUGAGCUGGCGUAAAUUAGUUUUAAUGCUGAAUAUUCCCCGAUGUUAAGUUUAAUGUAUCUUAUAAUUAUCCAAGCUUGGGGAUCGUUGAGUAGUGUCUUGUGUUACCGCGUCAAUAACAGUCUUAUUACUACCAGAGAGUCACUAUAGCAUAUACCUUAUAUUCGGACAAGUCGGUGAGCUCCAAUGCAUGUCUCAUAAAUUGAGUGGUCGCUAGAGGUAGAACAUGCUACUAAGACCUACUUUAGCCCGUAUCCCAUUGCCGUUCGUUCUAUAACCAUACCUGAUACCAAAGCACUGGGUAACUUUAACCAACGACGGAUACUUAAGCGCUUCGCUAAUAAUAUAACUACAAGAUAGAAAGCUACAUUUACUAUUUAGG